GAAAGAACAAACGUACGCCGCAACCUUGUGAUCGUACUCACGAUCUUUCUCAUCAGCCAAAAUACUACAACAUAGAACUGAAAAUACGCGGAGUAAUUACAACUGGGGAAUACUUCUAUGUGGUUUUAUUAGUUUACAGGUAUGAACUAUUAUAAACUGGCCGUUGUUUCUAGAAAUUAAGAUCGUGACUCUAUUUUUACGUGGUAAAACAGCCAGGGGGCUCGGCAUCCAUAUUCUCGAUUGUGAUUGGUCAAACGUGCAAAUAAACAAUAAUUAACAUUUCUUUGUAGUGUCCGCAUAAUUAUUUUGUGUUAUUAUGCAAGAGCCGAGGGAAAUCACUUGAAACAUGCCACAAUACAAAAGACCAAGGGCUGAGCAAAUUGCUGUGGGCAUUGGCGUGUGUGCUGCUGUUUGCGGAACUGCCUACUGUUUGCACAAAUAUAUUUUCACACCUCCUAGUUUACUGAUGGCGGAGGAGACGGCUAAAAUGGACAUUGAACAUCAAGCAAUCGAUGUUCCGGUAGGUUUUGAACGUUUGACGACAUUUUGUACAUAUUUAUUCAAAUUUAAUUUUUUAUUUGCUACAUUCCUGCAUGUAGUGUAGCAAUUAUGUAUUAAUAACUGAAUUUUAUAUUGAGAGAAUAAUCUGUAUUUGUGAGGUAUUAUUUCAUAAUCUUCGAAAGGUGAUUGUACAAGACGGUUUAACUUUAGCUCAAGGUAUAUUACCUAGUAUCUAACCAAUCUAUUUAGUAAUCUCAAUAUAACUUGUAGGGUUAAUUAAAGAUUUAUUAUAGCAGAUACAAAAUUUUGCAGAUUAUAUAUUAAUGUUGAUUAAAGUUUAACUGGUUUUAUUUCGAAAGUAUAUUUGAGUAAAGUAUAUUUAAAUGUAUAUAUGAGGAAAUAAAAUUCUCAUUAAUAUUUAUUAAGCAAAUUGUACAAAUUUGUUGUAAAAAUAAGGAUUCGGGGCAUCUCACUCGAUAGAUUAACUAAUUGUCGAAGGUUGUAGAUGGGAAUUUUAAGUGUGGAUUUUGUACAUCUAUUUAGACUACCAGGAUCAGUUGCAAAAAUGUAACUAUAGGACCUCUGGUCGGAAUUGAACCUGCAUGCCGCCCUGCAAUUCUGGUGGAGUGCUCUAAAAGACUAAGCCAGGGAUGGAUCCAGCAUGACCUUGUAGGGAGGAGAGGGGGGUGCUCUGCCAGCUCUUGUGCCGAGUUGUGUCAGUCAUGUGCGCCACCCGUCGUCCAUGACUACUGUAUUUGAAUUGUAGUUGUUGUUAGUUCGCUUAUCAUCAUGUUAUUACUCACAUUACUGUAUCUCAUUUUGUGUCUAAUAUUUUUUGCUUUAUCAUGAAAAAUCUUACCUUCCUUGCACCCGCUCUGGCCAGGGCUUGUGCUCGCAUAUCUCGACAGCCUUGUGCUUGCAAAGCUCGACGGUGACCGUGGCUCAGCGACGCAUGCCUGUACGUUAAAACUGCAAACCACUUGAAACGUGGACCAAGGAGUCUAACAUGUGUGAGAGUCUCUUGAAAUUUCUAUCUACAAAACCCAAUUCUACAAUUAGUUCUAUCAAGUGAGAUGCCGAGAAUCCUAGCUGAUAUUGAAGUUGCAGCAAAAUUAAUAAUUUGCUUUAUUCAAUCAAAGUAUCAACUAAAUUAAUUAUUAAUAUAAUAGUUGGAUUUAUAUUAGUAUUUUGAACUUAAGUUUCCUUGAAUUAUAAAACUUUUAAAAGUGAGCCUAAGACUGUUAACAAAUUUUGAAUACCUCAAAAAACUGAAAUUUAUCUUACUUUUAAAUGUUAAAGUUAAAUGGUACAUAAAAGUUAAUCCAUGCCAGCACAACCAAGGAACAACACUCGUCGUGUCCCGUUUAAAAAAAUAGUGGCUAAAUCAGAGGCCCACCAAGGGGUUAUAACCGACAGGUGACAUUCCUUGAAAAGAGGCGACAGACUAUCUAGAAAAGAGUGACAAACGACAGCUUCUGAAGUGACAGCGACAUUUAUUACAAUAAAACGAGCGACAAAGCAGCUACAAAAUGAGUGACAAGCGACCUGGGUUACACCCUUAGCUGGCCUCAAAUCAGUGCCGACUCUAGUGGUGGAUUUAGGGGGGGGGUGGGUGCACCCCUGGUUUUGGUCAACUGAUCGAGGAGUGCAAGAGGCUGAUAAAUUAAUUAUAGUUCAUCUCAUAUACAGGAUAUUCCAGGUGCAAAGCGAAGUGCUUUUUGCGAAGAACUGUUGGACUCUUAUGAUGGAAUAACAACUGCUUAUGAAGCUUAUCUUAGGGGAGCUGAAAUAUCUGGUAGGUAUAUGUAUAUUAGUUACGUAUUGAUAUGGAAGUUUGCCAAUAUUCUGCUUAAUAUUAGUCAAUACCAAUAUCCAAACAAUAGCUUCACACCCAUGCGCUUAUAAGAAAAAUUGUGUUAACUAUUAUAUAUAGAUCAGUGGCUAAGCUGAGCCAGACUACGCCGGGGUGCUUGGUAGGAUGCAGUGAGACCUUUGUGCUUGCUCGGCUAACCCACCAAUCUAUAAAUAACACUGAAGUAGUGCUUGUUUUAUGGUGCAAUUUUUCUUAUAAACGUCUGGACAAUUGUACUUUGUGUAGAAAAUUCAUCACAAUUACAGUAUAAGUUGAGAGUGGCCAAUCAUGCAUUAAACAACGCUCUCCCCUUGACGAGUAAUAUCGUCUGGCGUUAGACAGAGUAAAAUACUAAAGUAGGGUGCAUUGGGGUGCAAUGCGACUCAUGGGUUAAUAAUACAGUACCGAUAAUAUUGGCAACAAAAAUACCGGUUCCAAUAUUUUGAGGUUUGGGCCGAUAUUCCUGACCGGUGCAUCACUACAGGUAGCCUACGAUUAUGUUAUAGUGAGCAUUUGAUCGUCAUAAACACACAAGAGCUAGUAAUAAGUGCUAGGAUGACUCAACAAGCCUAUGACUAUGACGCAUGGGCGUCAAUCCUGGGGGGGACAUGUCCCCCCAGUUUUUGGAGUGAGUGGGGGGGGGGGAACGAAUAUCUAAAUAUCCCCCACUCUUUAACAUGUUUCAUGAAAUUUUGUUUCUUGGUAAUCUAAGUUUCCCAGAAGCUUGCGUAUAAACUUGGAAAUAUUUUCUCUAAAGUUUCAUCUGCAUGGAUCAUCAGAAGUUUCAUUUCCUAAAGUUUUGAAAUAGACAGAAUAGGAAGGAAUACAUGAGAUGGGUUACAUUUUAACUAAUGCAGAGUUAGCGCUAAUCGUGCAUGCUUUGAACAACUGGCCCCCGGCCGUUUAAUAAUGUGUAAUUCUAAUGAAUAUUUUAGAUAAUUAUUAGAUUUUUAUUUCAAUGUUAAUAGCCCAAUAUCUAUCCAUCAUUUUUAACCUAAAUUGUAAAACUUUGUGUUAUUAAGCCAAGAAAUUCUCUAAGGCAGCAAGUUUUAAAUUUAUUAAAGUAUCAAACUAAAAUGAAAUAUUAGAUGAUGUUAAUAAAUGUACUGUUAUUGUAGUACUGACAGUAGAUGAUCGAGUUUUGUAGGUGUGUAUUUUAUACAUUUAUUUGCCCUAACCAUGCAGCGGAGCAGUUGUGAAAAAAAUGCAACUAUGUUAAGGCCGUCUGGCAGGAAUCAAAUCUACUGUACGUACGACACCCAGUGAGAUGCCCAAAAAUGCAAAAUCCUUACAUUCGCAUCAACUGGCCCCUGUCAUAUCAUCCCAUGACCAUUGAUCGCUAUCAUUAAUUUGGUUUAUAUUAUUGUGUUCACAUUGGCAUGUAGUAAAACACUGACUACCGGAACACCGCCGGAACACCACCUAACCCUAACCCCAACCCUAACCCCCAACCCUAACCCCAAACCCUAACCCCAAACAAAAUGGUGGUGUUCCGGUGGUGUUCCGGUGGUGUUCCGGUAGUCAGUGUUUUACUACAUGCCGUUCACAUUACAUAUAUUUAACUUUUGAAGGGGGGUCCAAAUCCGCCAACGAGGGUCUGUAUGUACUAGUAGAUUUGGACCCAUGGGGGUCCAUAUCUGCUGGGAGAUUUGGACCGAUGGGUCCAUAUCUACUAGUUGAUAUGGACCGAGGGUCCAAAUCUACAGGGGUCCAAAUCAACUGGGACGCAGGUUCGAUUCUAUGGUUGCAUUUUUUGCAACUGCUCCUGUAUAAAAUUCACAAAUUUCCAUCUACAAAACCCAUGUACAAAUAGUUAUGCCGAGUGCAGAUGCCAAAAACCCUGAUGUUACAAUGUGGCCAAGGUUGCUUUACCAUUAACCUGAGUAUCAGGCCCUUAUGUUUUCAUUCAUGCGCAGUAGUACUGCAUAUACAGUAGAUAUAAAGGCGCUGUUGUUACACUAUGCAAUUUCUGCGGAGGAGGCUAUAGUCGAUUUUAAUAAAUAUUUAAUUUUGAAUUAAAUAUUUAUUAAAAUCGACUUAGCCUCCUCCGCAGGCAACUAUUGAAACACACGAGGGAUAUUUAUGGGUUCCAUUCCCACCGUGGCCAAGCAAACUUUUCUGCUUGCCCGGUGUGGAUGCACACUCAGAGUAACAUCACAAACAACAUGAGGGAUAGUCAGGGAUAGUUGAUUUGAUAGUUACGGGAUAGUUGAGGGAUAAUCAGGGAUAGUUGAUUCCCCCAACUAUGAAUUUAUUUACAAAUAGUUCAAGAGUUUCAAGAAUUGCCCGCGGAGGAGGCUAGCAAUCAACAAGUCUCGCAAUAUUUUUGUUGCAACAACCAUUGCAAGAAGUCAAAUCAGGUUCUACUUUUUGCACCGAUUGCGGCAACGCUGCAACGCAUUUUUAAAGCAUUAGGCGUAAAAAAAACAACCUGUGGUUCCGGUUCCCGACCGACCCUAUUUUUUUCUGCCGACCCUAUUAUUUUUUCAACGCAAUUGACCGUGCGACCCUAUUUUCUCCAGGUGGUUGCGGGCUGCUCAUGCAGCGUGCCAAAAUGGCAUCUGUUGUCACACUAAUUAUUGAACCAAAUUGCCUAAAUUCGUCCAUGGGAAAUACGCAUCUCUAGUUAAUAUUGAUGUCGGGACUCUACUGCAAAUCCCCCAGCAAAAAAUCCGGCAAAACCAUGAAAAAAAAUAUUUUAAAAAAUAUAUAUUUCCGACCUACCGACCCUAAUUUUUUCACGAUAUGAAACCGGAACCACACGUAUUUUUUUACGCCUUACACAGUGUAACAUCCCUCUUGCAACUAGUCGCGCAAUGUUUAUACACUGAAUGGCUUCCUAUUGGCUUUUGACUGUCAAUCUGGCGCCAAACGUUAGCACCACUCGCGGUUUUUAUAAUAUUUUUAAUAAUGAUCAUGGAAGUUGCAUGGAGCAUAUUGCUUGGUGUAACAUCCCUUGCAAUGCAAUGCUGCAAAACGUUUUUCUUAACAUUGUGAGAUAAUACUUUUUGUGUGUGUUGGUGUUAUGUACUCAGGUGAAUAUGAUGUUUGUGGUGUUACUCGUGCAUCCACAGUUCACACAGGGCAAGCUGAAAAGUUUGCCUGACCACGGUGGGAUCCUGGUCAUGCAAACUUUUCAGCUUGUCCGGUGUGGAUGCACACGUUCAGAGUAACACGACAAACAUCAUUGCGAGAUAAAUUCCAAGACAAGUUGCUUAGUGUAACAGAGGCGUAAUGCUCAUUUCAGGUGACAAACAGUGCCUUGGUACAAAUCUAAAUGGCUCCUACUCGUGGAUAACAUAUAAUGAGGUAAAGUGGUCAAUGAUUGUGUAACCGUUAGCAAUGAAGUGAACAUAAAUUAAAAAGUCGAAUUGGAAUAUACUGAGACAAGGUUCACACACAAUGCCGGAGCGAAAUAAUGACGCCACAUUUUACGUUUGUUCAUACUAUAAGCCUCAAGUUUAGAGUUUUGGUACGCUUUCGAUACAGUCCGUACUAGUGAACAUAACCUCUCGUCUACACACCCAAAAAAUCUGUGCGCAAAAAAUGACGACGCAAAGCACUGAAAAAAUUGUGCUAGUAACUAGUCUAUCAUUGCAGGUUUCCAGGUAUGUCAUGAAAGACCACCAAAUUACUAAGUCUCUCAGUUUUCCCGUAUUUAUGGAUUAGAAUAAUUAUUAUAUAAUUAUACUAUACUAUACUAUGCCGUUGUAUUCCAGGUGCUGCAAAAAGCAGCAGAUUUGGGGUCUGGCAUAUUGGAACUUGGAUACCAACCCUGUCCCGAGACGUUUGUUGGUAUUUAUGCUUCAAACAAAGCUGAGGUUUGAUCAUCAAUUUUCUUAAUUUCAAUUUUGAAACUAAAACUUGCAUAUCGAUUCACAGAUAUGAUACGUGGAACUGAGUUUCAAAGUUCGUCAGUUCGUUUGUUCAUUAUAGUGCAUCGAUUGUCGUUCAUAUUUUGCAAUUUUUUGUUUUAGUGGGUAUUGACUGAUGUUGCAUGUUUGACAUACUCGAUGGUAUCGGUACCACUUUAUGAUAGUUUGGGCGCGGAUGCAUGCACCUACAUCAUUAACCACGGUAAGUUGCUACGGAUUAUUAUGACAAUGUUCAUAGACAUAGGCCAUAUUUGUUUACUUUGUAUCGGAUAGCUUGCGUAGCGACGCAAAAACCAUACCGGAUAUGAGGCGAAAGUGAUUAUUUUUAUUCAUCUCGGAUUCUCUGAAAGAAACUUUGUAGUAAUUGUAAUGAAGGGUAAAAUUGGAUGAGUUGUACAGUCACAAUUCGACUUGUACACGACAUGCAUACGUCACGUCGUUGACUAAUGACUUUGGCCUGUUCUAAGCCCUAAUUCUCCAUGGGGGUCAUGGUCUAGACCGCUGCACCUCCCCUAAAUUUUUUUCUACCUCCCCCACUAUUUCCACCAAAAUCCGGUCUUGUAUAAGUGAGUUAUACUAAACCAAACAGGAGAACUUUGCGCCACGUACCUGGUAUAAUGUUACAAAUAAAUCAACAUAGUCGAUAGAAAAGGUACAAUAAUUAUCAUAGUCAUCCCUAUACGAACCUACAAGGAAAUUUAAUCUAUAAUUUUUUUAUCUCACAACUACAGCCGAGAUUUCAGUGGUCGUGUGCGAUGGAAACAAACUACCUGUUUUGUUGGAGAAAGCUGAUCAGUGUCCGAAAUUAAAACACAUUAUUAAAAUUGGAGAUGUCAGCGAAGAAGACGAACAGAAUGCCGGGAAAUUUGGGAUUACGAUCAAGUCAUUUAAAGAUAUGGAGGUAAAGCUCUCUCCUCCGCCGGCGUUCUAGUAUACCCCCUCGCGCUUUUACCAAUUACCCAUGCAAAUGUCCUACUCGCCCCGUGUAAAGGAGUCGGAUUCCAGCUAAACUUACGCCUUGAAAUCCGAAACCUAAAGCUUGGAGUCCGGAGUCCAAACAGUACGACUAAAACUAAAAUCCGCGUAAACUCCUCCACCUAGGAGGGAGGAAGUAAUGCGUGUCACGUUUUGGUUGAUGAGUUCCAUUCAUGGUUCCCAUUAGAAGCCAUCACCCGGCAAUUUUCGCCGUCCAUAGCCUAGACAAUCACCGGUUAUUUCACGAAAUUACAAACCAAAAUAUUUCCUUCUUAGCGCAGAAAUAUCAAGGGAAAUGUUUCUUGCUUUUCUAGUCUUUGUUAAAUUUUUGGAUAAAAUGACAAAAACCCCUACAGUAACUCUCCAAAAAGACUGGUAACGCCAUUUCAAAGAGUUUAAAUUUCAGAAUCUUCGCAGAGAGACGUCCUCCGAUCCCUCCCAGGCGAGUGGUACCUUUGGAACUACUUCUACCCUAGUUCUUGCAAAAUGCCUCCUACUCCAAAUCCUAUCAAGAACCCUGAUUCAUUGUGCUUAGAGCUUGUGCACAAUUUCCAACUAAAACUGACUGACUAUCGCUAGUCGUCGUUUGCAUGUGACGUCAUUACAAUACAUUGGGCGCCAUCACCCGGCACAAUCUUGGUAGAUUUUAUAAAGUGUUCUUUAGCCGUUUCAGUGAAUUACCGGUAGUUGAAUUCAUAUACUAUUUCUUGGCUUGUUUUACAAACUAUUAACCGUUUAAGCUCUUAAAGAAAUAGCUGUAAACAUAAAUAAAGUUAGUUUAGGUUUAGUUUAGGUGUGCGAUACAAUGAUAGUAUACAAUAACCUGCAAAGCUGAAAAUACGAAUUAUUUUUUCAGGAAUUGGGUCACAAUAAUCCGAAAGAAAAAUCAGUAAGUCAUGAUUUGCCUUAGUUAUGAAGUUUAGAUAUUGUCGUAGUUGAAUUUCAUUGACAGUGUAGUUUUCGACAUUUCGUUAUAAAACUUAACUCUUAUACGAGCUUUUUACCUUGCGAUCAAAUUUUUUGAUUAAUUGGCUUUCUGGUCGUGAACAAUGUUUGUCAGGGUUGCAACGGGCCCUGAAAAUCCUGGAAAGUCCUUGAAUUUUAGAAAAAUAAAUCCAGGCCGGGAAAGUACUUGAAAAUUAGUGCGGGUCCUUGGAAGUCGUGGAAUUUCUUUCCUGCUGUGCUGAUAAUGCUUGAACAUUAUUUAGACUAUACUGAUUUUGAAUAAAUAGAGUGGUGUUUCAAAAUUUUUUUUUAAUUAAAAUCCGUGCCAUUUUUAAAGAUUUUUCAGUUUUAGUUUCUUAAAUUGACGGGAAAACGUCCUUGAAAGUCCUGGAAAAGUCCUUGAAUUUCAUUUUCAUUAAAGGGUGGGAACCCUAGUUUCAGUAGUUUGUGAUCCGUUCUUUAGACAAUACAUUCUGUAUAUAGAUGGGAGGCGAUCCCAACUUCAUUAUAUAAUAAUUUAUAGAUUAACAAGACAUUAAACGUGGUUCGUUUAUAUACUGUACAACCACUAGAUCUUUGCAUGUGUCCUGCUAAUGUCCUUUCGUAGGGUGAGUGAGUAGUUCAUCUGAAAUAUUAAGUUUUCAAUUCCAGACAGUAUACUGUAGGUCCUUUUAGUCCAUAACUUGUCCUGAAAGAACCUCAAUUCCUUCAAUGUACUUGCCGUGUGCAACUCAAGUGAUAUAACAAAGAAUUACGCGGAAUAAAUCUAUGCCAAAUUACCUUCACUUGCAAGUUGCAGCAAAAUUUUCUCCUGGAACAUGUUCAACAUCGCGUAAAGAGGCGCGACUAUCCCUUCCUUUUUCCUUCCUUAAAUAUAUGUUUUAUCAUGUAAUAAUUGUUAGACUAUUUAAUUUGUUUCUUUAACUUCCAGCCUGGCAAACCCGAAGAUGUUUUUACUGUUUGUUUCACAAGCGGAACGACAGGU